CAUCAAAAAAAGCUGCUUAGCCGCUAAAAAGCAUUUAAUUUAUUUAGUUUUUAGAAAAAGUCAAGCAAAUUUUAAAGCUGCUUUUAAAUAAAAAAUAAAUGCAGAUCAUAAACAAGCUUAAUAGUAUAUAAAGCCCUUUAGCACGACUACCCUUCUAAACUAGAGGCUAUCUUUCUCUUUUUGGAGGCUUUCUUAUCCAUUUAAUUUUAGGAACAUUUUAUCUUUGGAGUACUAUGAAUACUUAUGUAACUUCAUACUUAAGAAACGAUGGAUAAAACUACACAAACGCAGAUGUUAACGCAGUAUUCCCUUUCAUGAUGCUUGCUAUUAAUAUUUGCAAUCCUUUUGGAGUUAUAUUAGCUAAAAAAAUAGGAUUUAGACUUUAAGCAGUGGUAUGCUCUUUUAUAUUAGGAGUAUCUGUAGUGUUAAGUUCUUUUUUUGUUGAUAAUUUUAUACUCUUUUCCUUUUUUUAUGGAUUUAUGUUUGGGUUCGCCACAGGAUUAGUUUAUAUGAUACCAUUUAAUACAAGCUAUCUAUAUUUUCCACAUAGAAAAGGAUUUGCAAGUGGUGUAAUUUCUGCUGGUUUUGGAUUUGGAGCUACCCUCUUCCUUUGGCUUGUAUAUAGCUUUAUGAAUCCUCAUGAUAUCCGUCCUAUUAACUCUCUUUUUCCUAAACAAGUUUCAGAAAAUCUACCUGAUACCCUAUUGACUUUAGGUUUUUUAUAUUUUAUAAUCUCAUUAAUUGGUGCUUUAUUAAUUGAAAGACCUACUUAAGAGGAGAUAGAUUAAGUAGAAUAAGAAAUAUAACAAAAUGAUAUUUAAUAAGAAAUGUAACUCCUCAAAAAUGAUUACUCUAAAGCUGAAGAUAAAAAUAUUACAAGUUAAAAUUUACCAAACGAAUGUUAGACAUUUUAAGAUGGGAUGAAUACAAAAAUAAUUUAUUUAACUAUAGCCAUGGCCACUUUAUUUUGCUGUUAUGGAAUUAUGAUAAUUGCUAAUUUUAAGCCAUAUGCAAGCUAACAUAAUUAUAAUGACAGCUUUCUAACAUUUGUUGCUACUAUAGGGAGUAUAGUAAAUGGAUUGGCAAGACUGUUUUGGGGAUACUUAAUGGAAAAAAUUACAUUUAAAUAAAUAAUUCUCUACAAUUUAGGAAUAUAAAUAUUUAUAAGUUCAACCUUAGAUUUAAUCAUAGAUGUACCUUUUUUAUUCUUUAUUUAUAUUAUACUUGCUUAUUUUUCCUACGGUGGAUGGUAUGCAAAGCUACCAGCUCUUGUUGCUAAAAUUUUUGGUAAAAAGGUAGGAACGACAAUUUACGGAAUAACAUUUACUGGCUUUACGAUUGCUGGCUGGAUUUAAUUCUUUUUAGUUAGAUAAGUGCAACAAGAUAUAGGUUGGGGAAACCUGUUUUUGAUUUUUACAGUCAUUUAAAUACUAUCUCUUAUUUAUUUCAAGGAUAUUGAUUUUAAUUUUGAUUGGAGAGCCUUUUACAAAAAUAAAUAGAGUAAUUAAAUCUCUAAAGUUUGA